UUAAUUUCUCUUGUGAUAAUCAAGAGAAACUACAUUAGAGAUGUAGCUUCAACAUUUUUUCUUUUAAAUUCUUAAAACCCCCUUAAACUGAGGAUUUCUAUUUCAUUCGUUCCAUUAGCUAUAUUUAAUUUAAAAACUUCAUAUUUUUACACAUAGAGCAAGUCCUAAUGUGGCACUUUCAUUUUUCAUUCCUUGGGUUUUGCUUUGGGUUUGUUUUUUUUUUAAUAGUUCUCAGAGUGGAGACUGCGAAGACUAUGCCUUAGGUUGCUCAUAGAAACUUCAGGCAAAAUGCAUGACAGUGAUAAAGUCGAGGAAAACUUUGCACGAUUGCUGGCAAACCCAGCAGUUAGAAAUAACUGCAAUCAAAAGCCAGGAGCAUAUCUUGAAGCUGCAUGCCCAGAAAGCUGGAUUGGUUUUCAAAGGAAGUGUUUCUAUUUUUCUGAUGACAUCAGGAAUUGGACAUCGAGCCAGAUAUUUUGUCAUUCACAAGAUGCUAACCUUGUUCAGUUUGAAACUCCCCAGGAACUAGUAAGGAAAUUGUUAUGGGUAGGAGCAAAGAUUCAGUCCUGUAAGGAAAAGUUUCUUUAUGGAAGUGUCUAAGAAAAACAGGUUUAGACACUUGCUUUCUCAUUGGUUUUUUAGCAUAAGGAGAGUAAAUCCAGCAGGUAUUACA